AUGCUUGGAGGGCGGGGAAGGAGUAUUCGUGAGGUGUGUGGUGAAAGCCUGCUAUGCCGUGUAGUUGCAGUACAGUGCCAGGAACUGGUUGGUGUACAGUACAGCAAACUUCUGCGUCAGUAUCAACAACUUAGAGAUGAUCAUACUAAACUUAUAGGAGUAACUACAGAGCUGACCGCAGGACUGGAAGAUCUUGCCCGCGCCAGUCUUCUUAACGGUCAUCAGUCCAACAUCAAAUAUCAGUGGAAAAAUAUGAUAGAUCGUUGCAAUUCGGUUUUUCCAGAACUGUUUUCCGGAUCCAAUCCUUCUCCACCAACCUGGAGUCAGAAAAGGGCGCUCAGAAACCUACGGAUCCAGGAGAAGGUUGGAACCGCUAGCUCUGAUGAGAGGAAGAAUCGUAUCCCGGAGUACACCUACUCAUCCAUUCUGGAGAUCAUUGAUUCGGAGAGUAUCAGAGAAGAACUCCAGGGACAUCAAACCAGAGCUAAACUUCUUCUUCUCCAAGCCUUGAGAUGGAUGAUCACCAAAUCUGAACCUGAAGUUAGACUGGAGAUAGUUUCAACUUUUCACAAGACUGAUUUCCUGGGGCUAGGCAACAACCAGUGUCAGGAACGAAUCCUUUCUUGUUUUAAACCUUCUGAGCACCUUCCAACCCUGAUGCAACAAUCUCUAGCUAGGAUAUUUAAUGCUCUGGCCAGCACUGGAUCUGGACGCAGCUAUAUUGCCGGUCACCCUGCUCUACUGGAGACACUAGUCUCCUGCCUGGUAAAGAUGAGUUCAAGGAUGGAGACACCGAUAGUUGAAAUGAUUGUUGCUACCUUGCAGAAACUUAGUCUUAAGUUCGGAGUAAGAAAGAAAUUGUUAAAAUUGGGUUUAGUGAGAUGGUUGGGAGGAGUGUAUCUUCAGGAUUGGAAGAAGCAACGUCAGUAUUCUCUGGAGUACUCUACAGCACUGUUAAUGAAUCUAUGUUUGCACAGAAAAGGAAAAGAGGAUUGUAUUCCCAUAGCUGAGGAACUAUUAAACACUCUUCUAAACCUUGCCUCAUCUCCUAUCAGUCAGAUUAAACCCUACGUGAACGGAACCCUUUACAGUUUACUCAGUAACUCAGUUAUCAAGGACAUUUCAAGGAGAACUCAGGUUCAGGAGAAAUUAUCUUCGUUAGUUCAGCGCUCGGAGUUGGAAGUCCGUCAGCAGCUGGAAUACAUCUUGGAGAUGGUUGAAAACUCAGAGGAUUCAGACUCAGACCAGGAGCAGGAGAGUAGUGAGGAGGACAGCGGAGAUGGAACUGAUGAAGAUAUUGAGGUUGAGGCUGAGAUAGAAGAAAAGGAUCCUGUAAUCUCCAGGAGGGAUGAAUUAUCAGGGUUAGCUCUCCUGGCAUCCAGGUUCAUCACUGCUCCGGUUCCUGUCUUAACACAUGAAGCAGAUGAGCGACCGAUAAAACCAAAGAUCGGUGGAUUUGAAUUUGAUGAAGAAUGUGAGAUUGAGCUAGGAGAUGAUAAUACUCCUAAAGAUACCGAGUGUUCAACAAUUCAAUCUGAAACUGUUUCGUCUGAUAACUUCCAACCCUCUGUUUCGAAACCACUAAGAGUUAAAAAUGAAAAAACUGAAGCUAAGAAUGCCAUACAGCCUGGGUUCACCAAUAGUAUUGUGGAACACAAGAAGAAAGGAGAAGAAGAAAAUCCGAACUUCUUGAAUGAUAAAAAAUCUAAAAACUCUGAUACGAAUUACGGAUUGAAGAAUUUCAAGGAUGCACAACAAGAACAUAAUAAAAUUUAUCAAGUUCAAAUUGGUUAUUUCCAAGGUUCUGGUAUUGUUAAUUCUCAUGUCGCUUCACUUGAAACCGAGAAAGAGUUGAAAAAAAUCGAACCUCGAACCAGUGAAAGGACCAAAGGUUUAGAUAUUAAUCUAAAGCAAAUUAAUUGCGAACAAAACUCGGACACUGUGAAUGUUAGAAUUAAAGCAGAAAAUCUUGAUUUAGAACAUCUCCGUAGAAGUAAUGUUUACACGUCGGAGUUAUCAGAGUCUAGAAGCAGUGACAUAACUACAGAGGAAAACUCAAGCUAUGAAAAAACUGAUUUUGAAGGAAACAUAGAGAAAGAUGAACCAAGUUCAGGGCUUAUCACUCCAGACUCUCUUCAAUCAGAAACAACUUCGCCUGAACCUGGAGCUAAACCUGUAGUAAAAUCUCAAAAUAAACCUGGACCUAAACCAAUAGUAAAAUCUCAAUAUAAACUUAAAUCUGAUUCUAAACCUGAGUUAAAAUCUAGAACUGAACAUAAACUAAAAUCUGAACCUGAUCAAGAGCCUGAACCUGAACCUGAACCUAAACCAGCUCUUCAACUUCUGAAUUAUAGUAUUGAUGACACGGACAGUCUUGAAAUCUCUGAACCAAGAGAAAGUUUUGCCAUUGAAACCGACGUUGAACCUUCACAGAAUAGUACAGUUUCCAGUAGAUCCGCCAUUCUGGAAAUGGUUUCUGUAUCAGAUAACUCAAGUAUUUUCUCUGGUAUAUCUGGUACCCCGCACAGAUAGACAGGUAUCACAGCUGUCAAGUUCAAGGUCAGAGGCAGCUGUCAGAGAAAGUGGUUUCAAUGGAGCUACCUUGAAUACAGGAAACACAGGAAGGUUUCAUGUCUUAGAGGAUGAUGUUCAAUUAU